CACCUCAUGAGGACUUCACACCAGAGCUGGAAGACAUUGAGACAACAUCAGUUUUAUGACAUCAUACAGCUCAACCCCAGUUGGUCUCUCAUAUAAUGUAAUGAGAGGCACAAACUGGGUCUCUAUGGCAAUAUAUAUCUAGACGAUGGCGGAUGACACGGAGGAUGUUGAGCUGGACUUUGCAGCUGACGAGCAGGAGAGGGCGCGGAGAAGCGCUGUCAUUAGACACCCUCUUGCCUCCUUUUUCCACCUGUUCUUCCGGGUGGUUGCCAUUGUUGCCUAUUUGCUCUGUGACUGGAUCAGCGAGAACUUUGCAUCAUGUUUUGUCCUGAUCAUCACUCUGCUCUCCUUUGACUUCUGGUCUGUCAAGAAUGUUACUGGCAGGCUGUUGGUGGGCCUGCGCUGGUGGAAUCAGAUCGACGAGGAUGGAAAGAGCCUCUGGGUGUUUGAGGCCAAAAAAGCCUCACGGGGCAAUAACAUCGGGACAGAGGCAGAGGCGAGAAUAUUUUGGCUGGGUCUCAUCAUCUGUCCUCUCAUAUGGACAUUCUUCUUCUUCACCUCCCUCUUCUCCCUGAAGAUUAAAUGGCUGUCACUUGUUGUAGCUAGUAUUUCCCUCCAAGUGGCUAAUCUCUAUGGUUACCUCCGCUGCAAGGCAGUGGGCGAGGAAGGCCAGCCUGCAGACACCCGCUCUUUCACGGGACAGCACCUCCUGCAGCGUCCAGACAUCAUCUUUGGAAUACUAUGAAGAUUACCUCCUCCUGCACAGCCACUCUGCUGUGCAUGUGUGUGUGUCUUUGUGUGUGUGUGAGCGAGAGAGAGAAAGAAAGAGGGAGAUAGAUGAGGGCUGCCUCCUCUCCAAAGUUCCCACAAACUGCAUCUACUUGAAUGGCUGUGUGCCUUGUGCAUGCCUUAUGCUGCUGACUGUUCACUUCACAUGUUGCCCAUGGAUCAGUCUGGCUACUAUGUCAAUAAAAAAAUGAGUGCAUUUUACAUUUUUCCUACUCUAUUUUUUUUUAACACCACAUAUCUGCAAAUUCAUUGAAAGAAGCAGCUAGUUUUUAAGCCAGAUUUCUACAUUGUGAUAUUCUUGUUUUUUGUCUUGCUUUCAGUGAAAACACAGGGCUAAAUUUGAUGCAAGGGCCCCUAAACUAACAUGAGCGCACAUUACAAAAAUAAGGGAGUAUGAAGUGAAGUGAUUAAAUGGCACACCCUGUCUCCAAUAUUUGAUUAAAACAGUUCAACUAUACCUUCAAAAGUUUCAACUGGAAAUACUAAUUGCACCUCAGAUACUGUGUUAAGCGUUAAUUAUACGUGAACAAAGACAUGGACAUUAAAGUUGGGCAUG